AUGACUGGAGCCGAGACAGCAGGCAAGAUUGGCUAUCAGUAUGGCAGGAAGGGCAAUAAGGGGGUUUACUUUAUUUACAACAAUGAGCUGCCGUUCUCGCUGGCCGUCACGGAGAGUGUGAGCAGGCAGACCAAGGUUGAGCUGGAGAGGAUAAAGGUCAAGCUCGUGCCCAAGACGACCGUGACAAAGGCGACGACCAGGGGCAGAGACACCAUUCUUGAACUGCGGCACGCCGACGACACCACCGAGACGCUUAUGCGCAGUCUUACCUGCCGACUACGGGCACGACGCCCAAUACUUCAUUUGUGCCGAAGGCCAUGCCCGACAAGAACGGAUACAAUAGGCAGACGCCCUUUCUUCGGGCAGACGGCUACAAGAACAUUUUUGUCGUUGGCGAUGCGGGAAAUCUUGAGGAUAAUAGAGCUCUCGCGGCUGAUGCCCAGGCGGCAUCUCAUCAAGGCCCUUCCGGCAUACUUUGAGGGCGGGAGCUUGCCAGAGUACAAAGUCAACGGCAAGACCAUGUAUGGCAUUACGUUCGGCCAGAGCAAGGCAACCGGCCAGAUGGGUAACAUGAAGGUCUUUAGCUGGCUCAUCUGGCUGUUCAAGGGCCGGUUUCUGGGCACGGACAAGGCCCCUGGUAUUAACGCGGCCGGAACUACCAUGUCGGCAACGUUUGAGGAGUAG